UGGGACAAAAAAGGUUGGCCCAUAUUUGUUUGGCCUAAAUUUUUCUCAAUUAUGAGACAAAUGGCUUCAUAUCCAACAUAGAUACGAAAGUUUUCGCAUGCAAUUCUAGUAUCUCCGUCCUUUUGAAAGGCUCUUUUUCUAAAAUCACCUUUUGUGCGCCGUUACAAUAAUUAAUGCAUAUCAUGUUAAUGAAACCUAGAUUUUGAAAUUGAUCAAAAUCAUUGCUAGUGUAGCCCGUCUCCUUGGUAUAGCGAGUCUCGGCGAUGGCAGGAUACAACAGAGAAUACAACUUCUUAUCUUUCAGACGGUUUUUUAUGACGAGAUCUAUACUGAGGCCUUUUUUCACAGACACCUACAGCAUGACACGUACUACACUACGGACUCUCUUUUUAACUACUUUUCGAAAGGGAUACAUAUAGGCGAUGGUAAGGAAGAAGGAAGUACGCGCGGGGGCUGUGUCAGCAGUUUCCUAAGAUGCUAAACGAUGAUUUAGCAGAAAUGAUACCUAAAGGUGGGCAUGAGGUAAUACGGUUUAUAAAAGAAUACCAUUUCCUCAGCAAAUCCUAUGCAGGGUAAAACCCAAGACAAAAGGUAGGCAUACUGCGUCACGCACAUUGGCGAACGUAAUGCGUGAUGAGGAACUACUAGAACAAUAAUAUAACUUACGUAAUAUGCAUAAUGCUGCGUCUGCAAAUACUCCUAGAAGAAAUAUGCGAUGUUCUAAAUGAAAGGGCCUAAACAAACAUAAAUCAUAUAAUAAUAAUAAUAACAACGCGGAAGCUUACUUUAUUAAACUAGGGUUACUCUUGAAAUAAUAGGAUUAAUUUACGACUUAAGCUGAACUAAGUACUUCCUUCCGAAGCAUUUUCACACUUGAAAAGUAAUAGCACUGUUUCCGACAUUACCCUUGUUGCCGAAGUCUUAAGAAUGAAUCGAAAAUCUCUGGUCAGGCACCAGAGAUUUUCCCACUUUUUGCCAGAAAAGCAUUAAGUUAACCUUUAUAUCAACAGUCAAGCCUCUCUUUUCAGAGCCCCCGCUUUUCUCAAUGCUCCGCGGUGCUUGCUGGUACCCAUAGAGUACCUAAGUGUGACGUCACCAAAAAUCUAUUUUUAGAAUUUCUAAAAUUUGGCCGCAUAAUCUGAAAGAGCGGCAUAAAAUAUCUUGUAUUGUGCAAAAUUAGUUGGAUAUGUUCUAAACUGGGCGAGAUAUGGCCAAUGAAAGAUUUCAAGUUUGCUAACGGAUCACUGUUAUUCUGGCAUGGUUCAUAAAGUUAUGAACCAAGACCAAAUUACAGAGGUUUGAUGAGGCAAGAGCUUUUCCUUAUGUGGCCAUAUCUAAGCCAAUUCGUGAUGCCUUCAACUUAGUUUGCAUACUAAGAGGUAUUUCAUGAUGCUCUUUUAAGUUCCGGAAUCAAAAUUCAGAAAUUCUAAAAAUAGAUUUUUAUGACGUCAUCACUUCGGUACUCUAUAGUACCGAAGUCUAGGCAGCCAAUAAGGAUCUUUCACGAAAAUUUGUAUGGGAUUGCUUUAGCUUAGCACCUUACGGCGUUUUGCUCCUCUGCUCUGGUCCCACGAUAGACUUCCCCAAAGUCUAUUUCUAAACUGCGAAGGUGAUAAAAGAGGGUGUUGAAAGAAGGAAAAUAUUUUGGGAAAGUCUUUUCCAAUGAAUAAGGAAGCUUUUUGGAAUUCAAGUGUUCUUCUAUCAUAAACAAAAAAACUAUUGUUCGAAUCGCGUUCUGUUGUGUUUGAGUAACAUGCCUUUUCACCCAGCGUCUGGUACCCAUAAUUUCGACGACUGCUUUGUCUGCACACAUGAGUGACUUUGCGGGUCAGUAUUUGGCUUUUAAACAACACAGUUUUUAAGUUUAAUGAUAUGCAUUGGACACGAAAAUGAUUGUUUUGAUAUCACGCACUAUUUUCUUGGUUCUUCUCGGCCUAGUAAAGUACGUUGCUUCUAUUAAUCCAUGGAACGUGUCUUCUUUUACAAGAAGUGAGGAGAGCUCUUGGUAUGCACCAACAUGGGAGUCACUGGAUAGCCGACCCACACCAUCUUGGUACGAUGAGGCUAAAUUCGGAAUAUUCAUGCACUGGGGCGUCUACUCGGUGCCGGCGUAUGGCACUGAAUGGAUGUGGAAGUACUGGGAAGAACAAGACAACCCUCGCAACAAUGAAAUGAAGACCUUUAUGAAGAAAAACUACAGACCAGGAUUCAAAUACGCAGACUUCGCAACUAUGUUCACCGCAAGACAUUUCAAUGCAGAAAAAUGGGCGAAAAUAAUAGCCAAGUCGAAUGCGAAGUACUUCGUCUUCACAAGCAAACAUCACGAUGGCUACACUAAUUGGCCUUCAAAGGAAUCCUGGAAUUGGAACUCAGUGGAUAUUGGGCCUAAAAAGGAUAUAGUUGGGGCUUUGGCUGAUGCGAUCAGAUCAAAAACUGAUAUGAAGUUUUGUUUGUACUAUUCUCUUUAUGAAUGGUUCAACCCUCUUUACCUUGAAGACAAAAAGAAAAAAUUCAAGUCGAAGGAAUUUGUGAAGGCAAAGACAAUUCCCCAGCUAUAUGACAUUGUGACCAAAUACAAACCUGAAUACAUUUGGUCUGACGGUGAUUGGGAGACAAAUUCAACUUACUGGUUGAGCCGCGAGUUUCUUGCCUGGCUAUACAAUUCAAGCCCUGUUAAAGACACCGUUGUCGUUAAUGAUCGAUGGGGGACCGAUGCCAAUUGCAAGCACGGUGACGUCAAACUCUGCAAAGACCGAUACAGCCCGAAGAAAUUGCUGCCUUUUAAAUGGGAGAAUGCGAUGACGAUUGACGCGAAAUCUUGGGGAUUCAGGGCAAACGCCCCCCUCAGUGAUUACCUUUCAAUCAUCGAUUUAAUUGAGACGCUUGCUGAAACUGUAAGCUAUGGAGGUAAUCUUCUGAUGAACAUUGCCCCAACGAUGGAUGGAGUCAUACCCCCGAUUUAUCAAGAGAGGCUGGAGCAAAUUGGAGAUUGGCUAGAGACGAACGGAGACGGGAUUUUCGGAACGAAGCCCUGGAAGCACCAGACAGACCCACGUACAAGCAACCUUUGGUACACAAGCAAGAGCAAGUCCGUGUAUGCCAUUGUAAGUGAAUGGCCUCGCACGUCGAAGCUACAGUUAAUUUAUCCGCUACCUACAAAGGAGACGAGAGUAACAAUGCUUGGACUAAGAAAAAGACUAAAAUGGAGCACCUUAACCGAAGACCGUGGCAUUUCUAUUGAUUUAAGUGACAUUAGUAUCGCAGAUCUACCAAGCACAUGGGCAUGGACAUUUCAAAUGAAGAACCUAGGCAAUAACUGAUCGUAGAUCGUUUAAUUCAUUAUCAGUAUCAUUUAAUGUAUGAAUUUUUGGUUAGAAUAAUUAAUCCUUUGCUGA